GAGGGAGGGCAAGCUGGAUAUCUUCUUUGGCACUCUCAGGAGUAAGUAAGGCAAAGCUCAGAGCAAGGCAGAGGUUUCAGCAGAGAGCAGCAGCACCAAAUACCACUUUCUCAUGGAAAAAUAGAUUCCAUCAAAUAAAGGAAUGAAGGAAGGACCUGGGUAGACCUUGAUGAGGGACUCUCUUCAGGUGUUUAGGAUCAUGAAUGUAAGUUGGAAUAAUGGGAAAUGUUGUUCGUGGAGCUGUCGCCUUCAUCCCAUCAGACAAAUGUCAGAUAUACUUGGUAGGGGACUUGAAGGAGAUGCCCCUCGACUGUACUUUGGACCUGAGCAGUCGCCAGCUGCGUCGCUUUCCCAUUAGAGCAUGUGCCUUUAGUGAACUUAUUAAACUUUACCUGAGUGAUAACCACCUAAGCAGUCUGCCCCCUGAGCUCAACAAUCUGCAAAAGCUUCAGCUUCUGGCUUUGGACUUCAACUGCUUUGAGGAGUUGCCUUCAGUUGUUUGCAGCCUUAGGCAGCUCACCAUCCUCUAUCUCGGCAAUAAUCGACUUUACAAACUGCCUAAGGAGCUGGCUCAGCUAACUGAACUAAAGACGCUGUGGCUGGAGACCAACUGCUUCAUGAAGUUCCCGUGUGUUGUAUGUAAGCUUCCCAAUCUCAAGACCCUUCAUCUGGGCUACAAUCAGUUUCGUAGCUUGCCUGGUGAGCUGGUUAGGUUAAAUGAGCUGCGAAGCAUCUGGCUAGCAGGAAAUAUGCUGAAUGAAUUCCCACCAGUGCUCCUAGAAAUGCACUAUUUGGAAGUGAUUGAUGUAGAUAGGAACCGCAUACGGCAUUUUCCAGCUCUUACCCAUUUGAGGGGACUGAAGCUGGUCAUCUACGACCAUAACCCUUGCGUUAAUGCACCAUCAGUAGGGGAGGGCGUGAGGCGGGUGGGCCGGUGGGCUGACAGCUCUGAAGAUGAAAAUGAUGAAUCUGAGAUAAAGGCAGCUGAGGUGUCCACAGAGGUGAGAGGGCAGCUCCAAGAGAGUGAGUGACGUGAAUGCUACAAGUAGUAGGGUGUAUACAAUCCCUUUAGUCACACUAUAUCUCACAAUAUGAUAUGCAAGCAGUAAGGCACUGACCAUUAAUACUCAAAUAUCAAUUUCAAUAUUCAAUAUGUCAGUAUAUGGUAUUAUAACAGGUACUUCCUAAUGCAACAAUAUUAUUUUUAAUUAAAAUGUUUCAUAUGGAACAGUGAAAAAAAAUAAAAAAAAACUACAGCUUUCGCUGUAGUAAAUAAAGGCUUAUUAAAUAUCAGUAACUUGGUUGGGUUCCUCUUGUUUGCAUUGCCUUGAUUUCAGAAACAAACUUAAUAUUGCUUUCUAAGGUUCUCUUGAAAAAGAUCAUGUAUUUCAAUGAUGGAUUGUUAAAUUCCAACAAUGUACCUCAUCUCCUCAAUUAUGCAUGUUUCAUGUGACAGAUUUGGGUCUCCAUUUUGAUGUAAGACCUUUAAUAGGUUUUUAUCCUCAUUCUUGCUGCUCCAGGUCUGUGGUAGAGCAAACUGCUGAAACGAUACUGUUCUCUGCACAGUCAGGAAUGACCCUCUUUAAAUGUUGUGUUUACACUUGUUGAAACACGUGAAGAGGUUUCACUGAUAUUGUUCAAGAGGGUUCACUGCAUGCAUCAACUUUUGUAAUUAAUGCCUCAAAAUCUCAUCAUGACUAUGGGAAGUGUG